AUGUCUAAAGAUUCAUCAAAUUUUGCUUGUAUCUUUGAUGUGGAUGGUGUUAUAACCAAAGGAUCGAAUGUCAUUCCUGCUGCUAAAUUGGCUAUCAAAAAAUUGGUUCAAUAUGAUAUUCCUCAUAUAUUUGUUUCUAAUACAUGUAUGUUGGAAACAGAAAAAGCCGAACAAUUGUCAAAUAUGCUCGAAGUUCCUAUUCUUCCUAAACAGGUUGUUUCGGCUCAUACACCCAUGCGUUGUCUAGAUGAAUAUCAUAACAAACAUGUGCUGAUAUGUGGACAGGGUGAAAUUGAAGAAAUUGCUCGAACAGUUGGUUUUAAAAACAUAACAACUAUUGACAAAUUAUGUGCAGCUUUUCCCGAAUUAGAUAUAAUCGAUCAUACACAUCGAAUUAAAUUAUGUGAAAUGAUAAAAAAUCAAGAUCUUAUUCAUAGUAAAGAUUUUCGUCCCAUUGACGCGGUUGUACUUCUUGGUGAACCUAUUCAUUGGGAAACAUCAUUACAACUUAUUACAGAUAUUCUCCUAAAUCAUGGUAAUCCAAAUGAUGCAGCCAAUUCUACUGGGAUCGGUCCACAUAUACCGAUCAUUGCAUGUAAUAAAGAUUUGGUAUUCAGGGCUUUUGCUGAUAUAGCUCGUUUUAGUCAUGGAGCUUUUUUGACAUGUCUUGAAGCAUUAUACAAUAAACACAGUAGUAAUGAUUUAAUGUAUACAGCACUUGUUGGUAAACCAUAUGAAAUUUCAUUUCAAUAUUCUGAAAUGAUGGCUAAUAAAUUAGCUCGUGCUAAAGGUCAACCAGAAAUUGAACGGAUUUAUUUCAUUGGAGAUAAUCCUGUAGUUGAUGUCGUUGGUGCUAAUCUCUAUAAUGCUUUACUUAAAAGACCUAAAUCAUCGAAUGGUAGUUUUACAGGAUGUGGACUUUUAACUCAUCCACGUCUAUUAAGUGCUAAAUCAUGUGAAUCCAUUCUAGUCUGUACGGGUGUAUAUGAUCCAACUAUACAUACGAUUAAUGCAAAACGACCAUGGGCAAUACCAACAACAAUCCAAUCCGAUGUAUUAGAAGCUGUCAAUUAUGUCUUAACUAAAGAACACAUUAUAUAA